AUGGACGCCCAGUACAUCGUCCCGACAACGAAUGCGGAGAUGGUGUACUCCCAUCAGACAAUGUACCAGCAGUAUUACCCUGCCAUGGACUAUCGCUGCUCCCCCGUGGACAUGGGCUACUCGGUACGCGCAGACCCCUCUGGUGGCGACCUUUACGCCCGCGGCUACAUGGGCCACCUGCCGCCAUCCAUGCUUGGCACGGCAAACUACGACUACCGACUAAUGCCGGGCAAAAUGUGCGAGAUGCCAGCCGGGCCGCAGGAGAAGAAGGGCAAGGAGGCGCGGAUACGGCGGCCCAUGAACGCCUUCAUGGUCUGGGCCAAGACGGAGCGCAAGCGACUCGCCGACGAGAACCCCGACCUGCACAACGCCGACCUCAGCAAGAUGCUCGGGAAGAAGUGGCGGAGCCUGACGCCCCACGACCGGCGGCCGUUCGUCGAGGAGGCCGAGCGGCUGCGCGUCCAGCACAUGCAGAAGCACCCCAACUACAAGUACCGGCCGCGCCGGCGCAAGCAGGCCAAGGCGAAGGGCGCCGUGGAGGAGGAGCUGGCCUGCGGCAGCGGCCAGCCGUUCGCGCGCUACGGCAAGGAGGCGGCGUACGGCUUCACGGGCCUGAGCACGCCCGACACGUCGCCGCGCGGUAGUCCGGAGGCGGGCGGGGCGGCGCCGUACCAGACGUACGAGUACUACGGCCGGCCGGCCGACAGCCCCGUCGCCGCCUACCAGCAGCAGCAGGCCGCCGAGAGGGCGUACGAAGACUACAUGAUGGAGCAGAAGCACCAGGCGUCGCAGAUGGGCUACCACGGCACGUCGCUCGGCUCGCCCCUCGGCUACUCGCACGCUUCCGUGGCGCCCGGCCAGGCCGUGCCGUGCCCCGUGCCCGUGCCCCAGGACGACCUCGACGUGGACCGCAACGAGUUCGAUCGCUACUUGAAGGGCAUGCAGGGCAUGGAGAUGCACCAGCUGUACCGGGCCGAGCGGGCGGUGCACGAGGCGCCCUGCGCGGAGCGCAAGUACGACUACGCGCCGGCGCCGCUGAAGGAGGACUGCGCCGGCCUGGACGGCGGCAGCUCGACGCUUCUCUCGGCGCUGGCCGGCUACCGGGAGAUGUACUACGAGUCGUGA